UACAGUCCCAAUAUUUUCAUUUUUCCCAUUUUACCCCUCGCCGGAAAAUCACAAACCUCAACAUUUCUCCGAUCUAACCCUCCGAUGACGGCAAUACUCAGCCUAUCCACCGUUCCCGCUGUCAACUUCUCCUUCUCUAGCAACAACCGAGCUUCCAACGAAAGAUUCCACCGCCGUAGUCCGAUCCGCGCCGUCGCUUCUCCGGUGCCGGCCACAUCGGCUAGCCUCUACGAGGUUUUGAGAAUCGAGCAGGAUGCGUCGCUGACGGAGAUCAAGUCUGCCUUCAGGAGCCUGGCGAAGCUCUACCACCCCGACGUUGCGAGCGUGAGGCGGUUGCCGGAUUCUGACGGCGACUUCAUCGUGAUACGGAACGCGUACGAGACGCUAUCGGAUUCUUCAGCGAGAGCUAUGUACGAUCUGUCUCUGGCCUCCCGGCAGCGGAGGUUUCCGGAGCCAUUGAGCGUGAAACGGAAUUCCGAUCAUUACUCGACGCGAAGAUGGGAAACGGACCAAUGCUGGUAGAUAGAGUUAAAAAAAUAAAAAGGAAAAAAAAAAGAGAUUAGGUAAGGUGAAAAAGUUGGCUUUACUUCUGCUAUGAACGAAAGACAAGUAGUGGAUUUCUUAAGGACAAAGAGAAGGUGUUCGUUGCUUUGAGAGAGUGAAGGUGGUGGUAAUGGUAAUGGAUAUGUAACUACGAUGUAAAAAAAAAAAGAAAAAAUGAAAUAUAAAUAUGAGCAAUAAUAG